AUGGACAAAGAAGAUGGUAUCAAGAGCACCCGUGUCUCGCGAUGGUUCAAUGUACACGUGCACAAGGUGAAAAGAUCCAAGGCAUCAACGCCAACCUCAAGCAAUGCACUCGAGCCAGAAACCAGCAAGCAGUUCUUUCGAGAGAGAGCCGGGUCCCACCACGCGGCUUUUGCUGAGCCCACUCAAUGGGACGAUCAAGAAGGCAAGUGGAAGGCUGAAGAGCGGCUUGCGGUAGAGUAUCUCGAAGAAGUGCUACAUUCCCAUGACGAAGAUGCAGGGCCAGACGAGCCCAAGUUUUCCGAUUGUUCCUGGGCGACUGUAUUCAAGGAGAUUGCGAGCGCCAAGGCAGAGCACUCAGCGCAGAGCGAUGCGUCGAAAGCGAGAUUGCUAGGAAUCGACUUGACAACUCAGGCCAUCGAUUCCCUUUUACCAGACGAAUAUGGCCUGAAGGUGAUCAAGGGGACUCUCGGGCUCAUAUUCGAAUCCAAAGAUACCGCCGCGGCAGCACAGACUGUCAUAUAUUAUGAUAUGGCAGCCAUCAAAAAGGAGCAAAUUCGCGAGGAGGAACACUACCGUCAGCUGUGGGAGGCGCAACAAAAGGAGUAUCGCCGCCUUGAAGACUACAACCGUAUGCUCAGUGAUCAGAACCGCGAGCUGAGUAACGAGAACGAGAUAUUGCGCGUGGCGACGCCUCGGCCAGCAUUCACAUCUUCAGGGAGCGUCGAUGAUGUGCUGGAGGCACUGAUUUCGUCGAUUGAGCUUCUGGGCAUACUCGGCGUUCGGCCCGAGCAGGCGUGGGAUGAUCUGAAGGACGCGGUCCUACAAGGCCCAAACAUUGGGGACAACUCUCGCGAGUAG